AUGGAUUCAAUCAUAAGCAUUGAUUUGGUAUUCUAUAACUCUUUAUGGUAUUGUUAUAACAUUUAUGAUCGAGUAAGUAAACAGUCUCAAAAUUCUCUACUUAAGCAGCAGAUUUUGUUGAUUUGGAAUUCUCAGUUUCCUUCGAUUACGAUGCCUACAAUUAUCGCUGAAAAUUUUUCACAGAAUUUCGUAGUUUCUUCUGAUAAGACUCAUUCGGUUUUUAACAUCCCUAUUGAAAAAUCGGAGAAUGACGAUAGGGAAUAUCGAUUGAUUAAAUUAGCCAAUGAAUUAGAGAUAUUGCUAAUUCAUGAUCCGAAGACGGACAAAUCAGCUGCUUCCAUGGACGUUCACGUUGGACAGAUUAAUGAUCCGCCAGAUCUUCUAGGCCUCAGUCAUUUUUGCGAACACUUGUUAUUCUUGGGAACAUCCAAAUACCCUAAAGAAAACGAUUACUUUGAAUACUUGAACAAACACAAUGGAUAUGGUAAUGCUUACACCAGUGCGGAAGACACAAACUAUUAUUUUGAAGUUGGUCACGAAUUUCUCGAGGGGGCUUUGGAUAGAUUUGCUCAGUUUUUCAUUCAUCCUCUUUUUAAUGCCGAUUGUACAGAAAGAGAAAUUCGCGCUGUUGAUUCAGAAUACAAGGGUUAUCUCCAGGAUGAUGAUUGGCGAAAACUUCAGUUGGAAAAAAGUCUUUUUAAUCCGAAUCAUCCAUUCUCACAAUUUGGAGUUGGAAAUCUUGAAUCUCUAAAAGAAAUUCCUCUUAAGUUAGGACUGGAUGUCAGAGAGGAGUUAAUGAAGCAUCAUAAAAAGUAUUAUUCUUCUAAUAUAAUGAAAUUGGCUGUGUUAGGAAAAGAACCUUUGGAUUUGUUAAACAAAUGGGUUAUCGAAAAAUUUUCGAAAGUCGAGAAUAAAUUCUUAAAGAUACCUAUUCCUGACGGACACCCCAUAACAAAAAAUGAAUUGGGUAAUCAAAUUUCGUUGAAGCCAGUUAGGGAUCAACAUUGUGUAGAAAUUACUUUCCCAAUUCCCGAUCAGAGCUCAUUGUAUGAGACAAAACCUUUUAGAUUCUUAUCCCAUAUAAUUGGACACGAAGAAAAAGGAUCAAUACUAUCCCUUUUAAAAAAAAAAGGAUGGGCAAAUGGAUUAUCUAGUGGAUCCUCUUAUCAGUGCAAGGGAUUUGAGGUAUUCCAAAUUUCAGUUGAUCUUACCGAAGAGGGAUUUGGUCAUUAUGAAGAAGUUGUAGAAAUUUCUUUUCAAUUCAUUAAUAUGCUAAGAAAACUUGAUCCCAAAGAGCAAGAGCGUGUGUUUAAAGAGGUUCAAUCCGUUGAAGCGAUCAAUUUCAAGUUUCAAGAAAAGGGUUGGCCGUCUUACUAUGUCGCAGGCCUUUCUAGCCAAAUGCAACGGCCAUAUCCACGUGAAUGGAUAUUGAGUAGUCCAUACUUAACCCGAAAGUACGAUCCGGUGUCCAUUGCCGAAGGACUGAAUUAUUUAAGAUGGGACAAUUGUAUUAUCUUAUUAUCAAGCAAAUUACUAGGUGAGCUUGACAAGAAGGAACGAUGGUUUGGUACGGAAUAUAAAAUCGAACCAAUCAAUGAAAAAUUAUUAAAGACCUUGCAAAGUCCUACAUUGCAUCCUGAACUCGAGGUUAACCCAGUAAAUGAAUUCAUUCCGUCAAUCUUUGAAGUUAACAAGCUUGAAAGCAUCAAGCCCUUGGAGCAUCCUCAUAUAAUUAAGGAUACGAAACUAAGUCGUCUCUGGUAUAAAAAAGAUGAUCAAUUUUGGAUUCCAAAGGUUGAAGCCCAUUUUGUAUUGAAGACCCCAAUCGCUUAUACCACACCAUUACAUCAUGUUAAAACGCAAUUAUAUGUUAAUCUAGUUAGCGAUUCUCUCACCGAAUUUUCUUAUGGUGCUUCGAUCGCUGGUUUGGGUUACUACUUUGAUAGCUGGGGAGACGCAAUCGCAGUAUCUGUGUUUGGAUACAAUCAUAAAGCAACUCAUUUUUUAGAGAAAAUUCUUGAGAGUGUAAAAAAUUUUACAAUUGAUCCAAAGAGGUUUGCUAAAAUCAAAGAGGAAUUGAAAAGAUCCUAUCAGAACCGUUUGCUUGAUCCUCCAGCCAGCCUUUGUUCAUACUUCGCGUCAUAUAUAAUUGUUCAAAAUGUGUGGACAAUCCAAGAAAAACUUUCAGUGUUAGAUCAAAUCGAAUAUGAAGACGUGCAAGUAUUCUAUCCAAAAUUAUUUAGGCAUAUGUUUUUUGAGGGAAUAGUACACGGCAAUGCUAAUAAAUCGGAUGCUAUCGAAAUGAUGGAGAUUGUCGAAAGAACACUGGGGUCAGAGGAAUUAUUACCUUCACAGUUGAUUAGUGAUAGAAGCACAUUGUUACCAGUAGGAAAGAAGUAUGCUUAUUUUAAGGAAGUUUUUGAUAAAAAGGAAAUCAAUAGUGCUAUUCAUUACUGCAUACAAGUGGGAGAUACGAUAGACCCACAAAUGAGAGCGAAGUUAUACUUGUUUGGGCAGAUUGCCAGUGAGCCGUGCUUUAAUCAACUGAGAACAAAAGAACAGCUGGGGUAUUCUGUAUAUUGUUAUUCAAACGAGUUGGUCGGCGCAAUGGAGUUCCGAGUAGUUAUUCAAAGUGAGAAGGAUACUAUUUACUUAGAAAACAGAAUUGAAGAGUUCUUAAAAGGGUUACAGGAAACAAUCGAGAAUUUUUCGGAUAAAGAAUAUAAUCGUCACGUGAACGCAUUAAUUGAAAGGAAUCUAGAGAAGGACAAAAAUUUGCGCGAAGAAACCGGAAGAUACUGGGGAAUAAUUUAUUCCGGGUACUAUGAAUUUAACAGAGUUAAAGUCGACACUGAAUAUCUACGUGAGCUUAAAAAAUCUGAACUUCUGGAAUUUUAUAAAACCUAUAUUCACCCUAAGUCAUCGACCCAAAAGAAAAUUUCGAUUCAUUUGAGGUCUCAGAAUACUGAAUUGAUUAAUGAACUUAAUAGUAUUGAUGUGAAAAAGCUUCAUGAGCUCAUUUCAUCACAAGGAUUUUCAGAUGUCACUGUCGAGGACUUGCAAGGUACGAUUGACACAUUAAAGAUACAAUGUGUAGGAUUAGAACAGGAUGAAAUCGAAUCAGUAAAAACGGAUGUCAUUGUGUCUAAAAUUGGAAGCGAAGUGGGUAUGAAGGUAUUAGAAGCGCUGGGAGAAACGAAGGAUGGUCUAAUUGAUAAAAAGAAGACACAUGAAGGAAAAGUUGGCGAGGGAAAAGAAAAUCAGAUGCCAAAUGGAAACUCGGAAAAUAAAUUAGACGAUUCACAAAAAGAGAAGGAUGAACACAAGUUAUCAGAUGAAAAUGAAAUUAUUGACGACAUAAUUUUGUUCAAGACCAAGAUGGGGUUGAGCUCAGCUCCUUAUCCUCUAUUACCUUUAACUAGCUUUUACGAAAAGUAG